CUUCAAUUAUAGCAUACCCCACCUAAUCGAUCUACGCCAUCUCCCUUGUCUAUCCUAUAUAUAGACAUUAAUGAUUAAUCAUUAUCCGUUAUCUAAGAUCAAAGCUACCAGCCUUAGCUUACAAUUUCAGGAGAACACAGGGAGAGAGAUCAAUGAUGGUUAGACUGCUGCUGUUGUCAUGUGUUCUAUUGUCUUUGAUAUGCAUUGGGAGUGCUGGUGUUACGAGUGCUUUUAUUCGGACUGAGUGGCCAUCAGUUGAUAUACCUCUUGACAAUGAGGCGUUUGCAGUUCCUAAAGGCUAUAACGCUCCACAACAAGUGCACAUUACGCAGGGUGACUAUGACGGGAAAGCUGUUAUAAUCUCAUGGGUAACAACUGAUGAGCCUGGGUCCAACAAAAUUCGAUAUGGCUUAUCAGAAGGACAUUAUGAUUUUACUGCAGAGGGGACAGUGCAUAACUACACCUUCUACAAUUACAAGUCUGGUUAUCUUCAUCAGGCUCUUGUUGAUGGUCUUCAGUAUGACACUAAGUAUUACUAUGAAAUUGGGGAUGGUGAUUCGUCAAGAAAGUUUUGGUUUCAAACACCCCCGCAAAUCAAUCCAGAUGCGUCUUACAAAUUUGGAAUAAUUGGUGAUCUUGGUCAAACGUUUAAUUCCCUGUCAACUCUCGAUCAUUGUAUGAAGACUGGUGCUCAGGCUAUCUUAUUCGUUGGGGACCUUUCCUAUGCUGAUAGAUAUGAUAAUCAUGAUAUUGGUGUCCGCUGGGAUACCUGGGGUCGUUUUGUUGAAAAAAGUGCAGCAUAUCAACCAUGGAUCUGGUCGGCAGGAAAUCAUGAGAUAGAGUACUUUCCACAUUUGGGAGAGGUUACACCUUUCAGAAACUACCUUCAGAGAUAUCCUACACCUUAUCCUGCUAGCAAAAGUAGUAACCCUCUAUGGUAUGCCAUAAGAAGGGGAUCUGCUCAUGUUAUUGUCCUGUCCAGCUACUCUCCAUUUGACAAAUCAGCUCCUAUUUACAUAACUGUAGGGGAUGGAGGAAACCAGGAAGGACUUGCUAAUAGAUUUAGGGUUCCCCAGCCAGAGUACUCUGCCUUUCGUGAAGCUAGUUAUGGACAUUCGACGUUGGAAAUAAUGAACAGAACUCACGCCUUUUACCAUUGGAACAGGAAUGAUGAUGGGAAACUAACACCAGCAGAUUCAUUUGUGUUGCACAAUCAGUACUGGGGAAACAAUCACAGAAGAAGAAAACUGAAGAAGAACCAUCUUCAUUCUGUCCUAUCCAAUUUGCGAUUUGGAGCUGAAAGGCAACAUCUCACAUAUGAGUUGGUAGUUGAUGUUCCUGGCUUGUGA